UUUGUCACACAGAAGUAGCAUCGAAGCUUUUAGAUCAGCCCAACCCUGUUGGGACACUCUGUAUAAAAGCUGGAGGGCACGUCGGCUGUGCAGGAUGGGACAUUUCGUUACUAUUCGUAUCCGGGAAGUAUCAGCGGAUCUCAGCAAAAUCACGAAGGCUCUCGAUGACCGAGUAGGAGUGGCAGAAGAGAAUAAACAUCGGCGGGCCAAUCGUGAAGAAAGGGUGGUCCGGUGGAUGUUUGUCUUGUUGCUCCUCCGGAGGGAUGCUGGAAUCGCUGCAGAGAUAGGGAACAUGUGCGGAGCCAAUCGCGCGGCACCACGAAAACAUCUAAAUGUUGCCGAAGAUUACAGCGAGAUUUCUUUCACCCGGCUGGUCACUCAGUCGUCUAUUAACAAUCGCCCUGAGACUCCAUGGGUGAUCAGAAGACUAUGUUACGUGGAAAGAGUAAAAGUAAAGUGGAGAACGAGGAGGAAGAAGGUGAGCUGAAGCAGAGGAGGCCAAAGUGUGCUCGUUGUAGAAAUCAUGGCUUGAUUUCUUGGCUGAGGGGCCACAAACGAGAAUGUCGUUACAGAGAGUGUCUUUGUCCAAAGUGUUCUUUGAUCGCGGAGAGACAAAGAGUGAUGGCCGCUCAGGUGGCCCUUAAAAGGCAACAGGCUGCCGAAGACGCCAUUGCCUUGAAAAUGGCGAAAGUAGCGACUGGACAGAAACUCAAUCGACUUCCGCCGGGAAAAAUAUUUGGGAUGGCAGUAACCGAGCCAAAAUCAGCUGUAGACGCUAACAAAAGAGAAGAUCCUGCUCCUAAAGAGAACGUAGAAUCCGAAGACUCAAAGAAAGACAACCAAUGUCAGGAUUCUUCAACGAUCAACGAGAGUGCGCCGAAGUACAAGAGCCUGGUAUUCAACGUGAACAAUCCGGAGGAAACAAAAGAGAGCAGCGUGUCGCAAACUUCGGUGGAAACACUAGCUCGCCUCUUUCCUAACACGAAGCUCUCGGUGCUGCAACUGGUGUUGCAAAGAUGCGGCCAGGACCUGUUGAAGGCUAUCGAAUACUUCGCCAGCGACAGUUUUGGAAUCAACUCGACCGCUUACUCCUCAGCUUUUCGACCCCCGCAAAGUAUCAAUGAGACCAGAUCCAACGAACAGAUCGCCGGCACUAUGCUGGCUCCAAUUUACUCCAGUCUGUCCAGGAACUUGUACGGGGACGGCUACUGCUUGUUGAACAUUGUUCCUGAUCAGUUUCCAAAAAGUAUAAUAGAUACCACGACCUGCACCACGUUACCCAUAAAAAAUACCGGGCAACACGAGCAAGAGGGAGUAGCUCUGAAUGUUCAGUAUAAUAAUUACUUCAAUUCUGGCGUGCAGCAACAGUUGAGAGAUCACGUGUACGCUCAGGUUACGGAUCACCUUUCCCCAAGGCCCGGUUUCCUUCAUUUACCGCCAGUGCUACCGGGGAUCCCCUGCGUACAGCCCAAUUGCGCCCAGUGUAGUUACAAAUUUCCUUAAAUGUUCAUUUCCUGCGAUUACAUUUAUCGAGCUACUAGACAAAAG